GAAAAAGGAAAACGAAAAUGCGCACUAGCAGGCAGCAGUUGCAUGUACAGCCCGCUCCGUGGACUCACAUUGCGAAACGCAAAGGUGAGAGAGAGAGCGAGAGAGGGAGGGAGAGAGAUGGAGAAGAUGAGAGUAAGUUUGGAGGGGAAGAAGGUGAUACUGGUACCGUACAUGGAAGCCCACGUCUCGCAGUACCAUCAAUGGAUGCAAGACCCCGCUCUCCUGCAAGCAACUGGUUCGGAGCCCCUCUCACUUGACCAGGAGUACGAGAUGCAGCUAUCUUGGUCCCUAGACCCCAACAAGCAGACUUUCAUUGUUUUGGAUAAGCAAAUGAUUGUGGGAGACUUCGUCCAUGGAGAUCCCCAUGUUGAAGCCAUGGUCGGUGAUGUGAAUUUAUACAUGAAUGACUUGGAUGAUCCUCAUUUGGGUGAAAUUGAAAUAAUGAUAGCCGAACCCAAAAGUCGCGGAAAAGGGCUUGGCGAGGAGGCGGUCUUGAUGAUGAUGGCUUUUGCAGUUAAGGACUUCCACAUCCACACAUUCCAUGCUAAAAUUGGAGAAUCAAAUGAAGCGUCUCUCAAUUUAUUCCGAAAAUUGGGUUUCAAGGAUGCUUCUUACAGUGACAUUUUCAAGGAGGUGACUUUGGAAUUGCAAGUAACCGAGCCCAAGUACGAGGAACUGCUGCAUUUCAUUUGUAAUAUGGUUACACAUGUCAGUCCUCAAAAACCUGUCUGAUCGUGCUAAUUUAUGGCAUUGCAUAGCAAUUGUAUUUUCUUUGGUCAUAUCCAAGUACAGAGAACUGCUGUAUUUCAUUUGUAAUAUUGUUACACGUCAGUCCUCAAAAACUCGUCUGAUCAUGCUUGCUUAUAGCAUUGCAUGGCAAUUGUAUUUUCUUUGGUCAUAUCCAUCCUGUUAAGAAUAUCCCCCGUGUUGAAUAAACCAUCUUUAGGUAAAGGUUACAAGUUCAUACAAAUGAAUUAAAAGCUCAUUGCACUA